GUGAGCCGGCCGCUUGGGUACAUAAGCAGCCGAGGCCCUUAACCUCCCCUGGCGAGAUGAGUCGUCCUAAAUCGGCCCCCAGCAGGCCUGCGCCCGGGUGGGUUUGCUGGUCUGCUGUGUGCUCCGCCUUCCCUGCUGUACUCCGAGACUGAAGAAAACCUGCAAAUGCCCUUCCAUUUUAUUUGCCUUCUCCAGGCUUUUCUGUCUGUACAGAAAUCCAAACGUGAAUGAAAGUGAAAGAAGAAGGACAAAAAUCCUAAUAACUUGCCUCAUUUUUAUGGAAAUACAAGGCUGUUCAGAAGCUCCCAGAGCGUGGUGUAAGUGUCUAACUGAAGCAAGGGGCUCAGGUUACACUGCAUCUCCGCGUUGGGGGUGGGGGACAGCAAGUGACACAGCACAGGACACUUACAUAACCAUGACUUCAGGGGAUAGGAGUAAGCUGUGAAUGAACCUCCCAAACCCAGGAAUAUGAUAUGAGAACACAGCCUCCGAAUUUUUUUUCACAAGCUCGACUUGAAAUUCAGCCUCAGAAACAGCUUGCUCUCCGGCUGGAUUUCCAUCGCUCGCGGAACCUCUCCCUCCUCUCCUGUUCCGAAGCGAAGCUCGGGGACAGACAGCGCUGUAGAGUCAGGGUGGCACUCAGCCAUCUGGGGUUGCCCACAGAUUUAAUCCAGAGGCUGACUUCACUAUCGAAACACCCACAGUUGUAUCAAUGGUUGGGGAAAGAUAGUGGUAACAGGCAGAGGAGAGACAGCUCUGAGCAGGGAGAAAAUGAGUAUGCUGAAGCCCAGCGGCCUGAAGGCCCCCAGCAAGAUCCUGAAGCCUGGGAGCACAGCUCUGAAGACGCCUGCUGCUGCUCCAGUGGAAAAAACAAUCCCCAGUGAAAAAGCAUCCAGUGCCCCAUCCUCUGAGCCCCAGGAGGAAUUCGUGGAUGAUUUUCGAGUUGGGGAGCGAGUUUGGGUGAAUGGAAAUAAGCCUGGAUUUAUUCAGUUUCUUGGAGAGACCCAGUUCGCACCAGGCCAGUGGGCCGGGAUUGUUCUAGACGAACCCAUCGGCAAGAAUGAUGGGUCGGUGGCGGGCGUCCGCUAUUUCCAGUGUGAACCUCUGAAGGGCAUAUUUACCCGACCCUCGAAGCUCACGAGGAAAGUGCAAGCAGAGGAUGAGGCUAACGGCCUGCAGACGACGCCGGCUUUCAGGGCGGCCCCCCUCUGUCCCCCACCGCGGGCCGCCCCCCCCCCAGCCACUCCCUCGAAUAUCCCCCAUAAGCCGUCCCAACCAGCAGCAAAGGAGCCUUCAGCCACGUCUCAGAUCAGCAACCUUACCAAAACCGCCAGCGAGUCCAUCUCCAACCUUUCAGAGGCUGGCUCAGUGAAGAAAGGAGAAAGAGAGCUCAAAAUCGGGGACAGAGUGCUGGUUGGUGGCACGAAGGCUGGUGUGGUUCGGUUUCUCGGGGAGACAGACUUCGCCAAGGGGGAGUGGUGCGGUGUGGAGCUGGACGAGCCCCUCGGGAAGAACGAUGGCGCCGUCGCUGGAACCAGGUAUUUUCAGUGUCAGCCCAAAUACGGCCUGUUCGCUCCCGUCCACAAAGUGACCAAGAUCGCCCCCCCCCCAGCCAAAGCCAAGGCGGCCGCUGUGCGGCGAGUGAUGGCGACCACGCCGGCCAGCCUGAAGCGCAGCCCCUCGGCCUCCUCGCUCAGCUCCAUGAGCUCGGUGGCCUCCUCCGUGAGCAGCAAGCCCAGCCGCACAGGCCUGCUGACUGAGACCUCCUCCCGGUACGCCAGGAAGAUCUCCGGCACCACUGCCCUCCAGGAGGCCCUGAAGGAGAAGCAGCAGCACAUUGAGCAGCUGCUGGCCGAACGGGAUCUGGAGAGGGCGGAGGUGGCCAAGGCCACGAGCCACGUGGGGGAGAUCGAGCAGGAGCUCGCCCUGGCCCGGGACGGCCAUGACCAGCAUGUCCUGGAACUGGAGGCCAAGAUGGACCAGCUGCGCACCAUGGUGGAGGCGGCUGACAGGGAGAAGGUGGAGCUUCUCAACCAGCUGGAAGAAGAGAAAAGGAAGGUUGAGGACCUUCAGUUCCGGGUUGAAGAAGAGUCAAUUACCAAAGGCGACCUUGAGCCAAAGAGCCAGAUUUCUGAAGAUCCUGAGAAUACGCAGACCAAACUGGAGCAUGCCCGCAUUAAGGAGCUUGAACAGAGCCUGCUCUUUGAAAAGACCAAAGCUGACAAACUCCAGAGGGAGUUAGAAGACACUAGGGUGGCCACCGUGUCAGAAAAGUCCCGUAUAAUGGAGCUAGAGAAGGACCUAGCGCUGAGAGUCCAGGAGGUGACCGAGCUGCGGAGGAGGCUGGAGUCCAGUAAGCCCGCCGGGGACGUGGAUGUGUCUCUCUCCCUUUUACAAGAGAUAAGCUCUUUGCAAGAGAAGCUCGAAGUCACCCGUACUGACCACCAGAGACAACUGGCUUCUCUGAAGGAGCAGUUCGGAGCCCGGGAGGAAACCCACCAGAAAGAGGCAAAGGCCCUGCACAGCGCGGCCGAGAAGCUGGCCAAGGAGAACGAGUCCCUGAGGAGCAAGCUCGAGCACGCCAACAAGGAGAACGCCGACGUGAUCGCCCUGUGGAAGUCCAAGCUGGAGACCGCCAUCGCCUCCCACCAGCAAGCCAUGGACGAGCUGAAGGUGUCCUUUAGCAAAGGCGUCGGGACGGAGACGGCGGAAUUCGCCGAGUUAAAAACGCAGAUCGAGAAAAUGAGACUGGAGUACCAGCACGAGAUAGAGAGUCUGCAGGCCCGACAGGACUCCGAACGGUCUGCUCACGCUAAAGAGCUCGAAGCCCUCAAGGCCAAGCUGAUGAAAGUCGCUAAAGACAAGGAGGACAGCCUGGAGGCCAUCAAGGCCAAGCUGGACAGGGUGGAGGACCAGCAUCUGGUCGAAAUGGAAGACACGUUAAACAAGUUACAGGAAGCCGAAAUAAAGGUAAAGGAGCUAGAGGCCCUGCAGGCCAAAUGCAGGGAGCAGACCGAGGUCAUUGGGCAUUUUACGGCACAGCUCAAGGCUGCCGAAGAAAAGCUCUCGGAUCUCGAAGCGCUUCGGAAAGCCAGCUCCGAAGGUAAAUCGGAAGUCGAGAAACUCAGACAGCAGCUCGAGGCAGCUGAGAAACAGAUUAAACAUUUAGAGAUCGGAAAGAAUGCCGAAAGCGACAAGGCUCGUAGCAUCAGCAGCGAGCUGCAGGGGAAGGAGCUCGCGCUCGCUAGCCUGCAGGAGAGUUUGCGUGAAGCCGGUCAAGUGAGAGAGGCUUUGGAGAAAGAACUUCGGAUUUUGAGAGAAAAGUACGCUGCUGACUCCAAGGAGGCAGCCUCUGUCCAGAGAAGUAUGGAAGAAACCGUGAACAUACUGCACCAAAAGGAGGAGCAGUUUAACAUGCUGACUUCGGAGCUGGAGAAGCUGACGGAAAACUUAGCGGAUAUGGAGGCAAAGUUUAGAGAAAGAGAUGAAAGAGAAGAGCAGCUGAUAAAGGCAAAGGAAAAGCUGGAGCAUGACAUCGCAGAGAUAAUGAAGAUGUCUGGAGAUAAUUCUUCUCAGCUGACGAAAAUGAACGACGAGUUACGUCAGAAGGAGAGAUACGUAGAAGAGUUACAGCUGAAACUUACAAAGGCUAAUGAAAAUACGAGUUUUCUGCAGAAAAGUGUGGGGGAACUCACUUGCAAAGCUGAACAGAGCCAGCAAGAAGCAGCUAAAAGGCACGAGGAAGAAAAGAAAGAGCUGGAGAGGAAGUUGCUGGAGCUGGAAAAGAAGGUGGAGACGAGCCACAACCAGUGUCAGGAUCUGAAAGCCAGGUAUGAGCAAGUCAGUUCGGAGACCAAAACCCAGCACGAAGAGGCCCUGCAGAGCCUGCGGAAGACGCUGCGGGACACCGAGCAGACGCUGAAGGCCGCGCAGGAGGAGAACCGUGGCCUGCUGCAGGAGAUGGAGGAGCUGAGGAAGCAGGCUGACAAGGCCAGAGCUGCUCAGACAGCGGAGGACGCCAUGCAGAUCAUGGAGCAGAUGACCAAAGAGAAGACCGAGACCCUGGCCUCGCUGGAGGACACCAAGCAAACAAAUGCCAAGCUACAGGACGAAUUGGACACACUUAAAGAGAACAACUUGAAAAAUGUGGAAGAGCUGAACAAAUCCAAAGAACUUCUGACGGUUGAGAAUCAAAAAAUGGAAGAGUUCCGGAAAGAAAUAGAGACCCUGAAGCAGGCAGCCGCGCAGAAGUCCCAACAGCUCUCAGCAUUGCAAGAAGAGAACGUGAAACUUGCGGAGGAGCUGGGGAGGAGCAGGGACCAGGUCACGAGCCACCAGAAGCUGGAAGAAGAGAGAUCGGUGCUCAAUAAUCAGUUAUUAGAAAUGAAAAAGAGAGAAUCCGAGUACCUGAAAGACGCAGAUGAAGAAAAGGCCUCCCUGCAGAAGUCCAUCAGCAUCACCAGUGCCUUACUCACAGAGAAGGAUGCGGAGCUGGAGAGACUGAGGAACGAGGUCACAGUGCUCAGGGGCGAGAACGCGUCCGCCAAGUCCUUGCACUCGGUCGUGCAGUCUCUGGAGUCUGAUAAGGUGAAGCUCGAGCUCAAGGUAAAGAACUUGGAGCUGCAGCUCAAGGAGAACAAGAGGCAGCUGAGCAGCUCCUCAGGUAAUACUGAUACUCAGGCAGAGGAGGACGAGAGAGCCCAGGAGAGUCAGAUUGAUUUCCUGAAUUCAGUAAUCGUGGACCUUCAGAGGAAGAAUCAAGACCUCAAGAUGAAGGUGGAGAUGAUGUCAGAAGCAGCGCUUAACGGGAACGGGGAUGACCUGAACAGCUACGACAGUGACGACCAGGAGAAGCAGGCCAAGAAGAAACCGCGCCUGUUCUGUGACAUCUGCGACUGCUUCGACCUCCAUGACACGGAGGAUUGUCCCACCCAGGCGCAGAUGUCCGAGGACCCCCCACAUUCCACGCAUCACGGCAGUCGGGGCGAGGAGCGGCCCUACUGUGAGAUCUGCGAGGUGUUCGGGCACUGGGCCACCAACUGCAACGACGACGAGACCUUCUGAUGAAGCCGGAGCCGGGGACCGGGCUUUCUCGGGCCCGGCCGUGUCCAGCACUGCAACACCAGCAUCAUGCGUGCACUUCGGGACAACUCCCGCCGCUUUUGACCCCGUCAACCAACCUAAGAAACUAUCUUGAUCUUCACCAGAUCGUCCUGUAGUCUCCCCUCCUCAGUUAGAAAGAAAUAUUUAGUGCGUUUCCCCUCCCCUUGGGUUCCCUUGAGUUUUCCGUUUUGAUUCAUCGCCCCCAGAGAACCUCAGAGAGCACUCCCUGCCCCUGUGCCACCUUAUUUAAACAUCGUUAAAUUAUGCCCUGCCUUUUCAUAUUUGCACUAAGAUAUUUCCAGGCUGCAUUUGUAUAUUUAGAUUUUUUUUUUUGGUCAAGCUUUGACACUGGAACGAGCUGGAAAAACGUGGUGGUGUGCAUCUUCACCUACUCAUUUGAAGUAUUGUAGUAACCAGAGGCCCCGAGCUCUCAGCGCUGCCUGCCUUCAGCAGUCCCUUUACUUCAGGCUUGACACGGAGGUGUGGCUAGAAAACCACGAGACAGGCCAAGGGAGGGGAACGCCCAACUGCUGUGGGGACAUUUUACAAUUAUAUGCUGCACCCACACACUCUACGGUGGUGUUUUGUUUAUUGGUUUUACAUAAUUUCAGCUUCUAUAUAUUAUAUGUAUAUAUUUUUAAAAAAAUCUAUAUUUUGGGAAAAAAAAAGCAUACACAAGGUGUCUUUCUUUUCAGAUUUUUACCUUUACGAGAAAAACAUAUGAACUAUCAGGACACAACAGACUAGGCCACACACAGCAUAUUGCGUGGCUUUGUAACUAUUUUUUUCUUCGUGUUCUCAUUUAGUUUCUUUACCAGAUCUAAACAACUGGGAGAAUUUUUCUCCAAAUUUGUGUUUUCCUUCUCUAGCCAAUAUCCCCAGCAGUCGAUUAAUUCGCUAAUAAGCCACUGUAAAACACCUAAAUUAACCAACCUACAACCUUCCUUUCCCAGUUUUUUAACUGUUUUUAGAUGAAUGUAUGAUGAGAAAUUCCACAUGAAUAAUUUUGGAUUUUCUUAUCACCAAAAUAAACUGAAGGACCUCAAUUACCAGAACAGUUUACCAGCCGGUCUGAAUCUAUCUAUCUUCAUUUGAAUGUCUUGUAGAAUAUGUAAAAAGUAAUGAAAUGUAUCUUCCUUGCAACAUGGACAGUAAGAACCUCUACGAUUGUAGACAUGCCUUUGAUGUAUUCUCCCCCAAGAUGACCAACUGUGUCUGACAAGCGAAUAUGAAGUAAAUCUCUUAUCAGUUGAAAUUUUGGAUUAUAGACAUAAUAGGAACUAUCUGACAAACAGAAAACGCAUAAUGCAGUAUUCAAACAUGAGCAAACAGGUGUUCUGUAUCUACUUUAAUAAAUGGUUUCUCCUUUUUGGCCAGUGGUGGUAAA